AUGUCACUAUCUGUCAAGGAGAAGAAUCAUAUCAGGCUGGUGUUCCUAGGAGCAGCAGGUGUGGGGAAGACCUCACUCAUCCAUCGCUUUCUGCAGGACACCUUUGAACCCAAACACAAGAGGACGGUGGAAGAGUUACACAGCACAGAGUAUGAAACCACGGAUGGGGAGCAAGUGAAGAUUGAAAUCUUGGACACCACCGGCAGCUAUGAAUUUCCAGCUAUGAGAAAACUAAGUAUGAGGAGUGGAGAUGCUUUUGCUCUAGUUUACUCGGUGGACAACCCAGACUCUUUUGAGAUUUUGAGAAGGUUACGAGAAGAGAUCCUGGACAUAAAGGAGGAGAAAUGUCCACCUAUGGUGGUAGUUGGCAACAAAAAGGACAACGUCGAUGCCCAGAAGGUUUUUUGUGAUGAUGCUAUGACUACAGUGGAGCUGGAGUGGAACUGUCGUAUAUUGGAGACCUCAGCAAAGGAGAACUUGAAUGUGACUGAGGUAUUCAGAGAAUUGUUGAGAGAGGUCAACCUUCCCAGUCGACUAAGUCCUGCUUUGCGAAAGAGGAGAGAGACAAUCCCUAAUGAGCUAAACAGCAAACCUCCGAUGAAUAAGACCAAUAGCUGCAGCAUCUGUUGAUACUUGACUCUUGUAAAGACUUUGAGGAGAAAAAAAACAACUAAGUGGAAUGGGUGGGUAACAAACAUAUCUGGAAAAAGGCUGUCCAUUCUAGAAUUCAUUGGCAUAGAAAUAGGAGGUGUUCGUAGACAGGGAAGGAGGCUCUGCCUACAAAAC